UUUCCCCUCCUCGUUCUCUUCCUCCCGCAGCUCUCUGUUCACAAGUUCCUCCUGCACUCUUGCUUCUUCACCACGAAUCAUGUUCUUGAGCACGAGAGCCAUGUCUCCUGCAUUGCUCAUGUUCGCCCUGGCUUGUCUUCUUGGUUCAUUAGGAGCCUACGACCCCCUUGAUCCAACGGGCAACAUCACAAUCAGAUGGGAUGUGAUGAGCUGGGUUCUAGAUGGCUAUGUGGCUGAGGUUUCACUAUUCAACUAUCAACAGUACCGCCACAUUCAGCCACCGGGAUGGAAGCUCGGGUGGGUGUGGUCAAAGAAGGAGGUAAUCUGGUACGUGCAAGGUGGACAGGCUACAGAGCAAGGCGAUUGCUCCAAAUUCAAAGAGAUUGUCCCUCACAGCUGCAAGGUGAACCCGGAGAUAGUCGACCUGCUUCCCGGGGCACCUUUCAAUAGGCAGAAUGCCAACUGCUGCAAAGGAGGAGUCCUCAGCUCACUGGCACAAGACCCUGCUAAUGUUGUGGUCUCCUUUGAAGUUUCAGUUGGUCGGUCAGGGAUCACAACCAAGACCCUGGAAUUGCCUGUGAAUUUUACUUUGAAGGCCCCUGGUCCAGGGUAUACCUGUGGACCUGCAACCAAGUUAGAUAAACCUACAAAGUUCACUACACCAGAUGGAAGGAGGAAAACUCAAGCCCACAUGACAUGGACUGUGACUUGUACCUACUCACAGUUUCACGCUCUGAGGUCUCCUACUUGCUGUUUAUCCCUCUCAGCGUUUUACAGCGACACGCUUGUCACCUGCCCCAAAUGCUCAUGUGGCUGCCAAGAUAACAGUACAAAACCAGGAAUCUGUGUACAGGGAAACUCACCUGAUCUUGGUUCUGUCAUGAAUGAUCAAGACAAGAACGACUUGGCACCUCUGGUCCAAUGCACUACUCAUAUGUGCCCAAUAAGAGUUCAUUGGCAUGUGAAGGCUAACUAUAAGGAGUACUGGAGAGCCAAGAUCACAGUGACAAACUUCAACUACCGGAUGAAUUACUCGCAGUGGAACCUAGUAGCUCAGCACCCUAAUUUCAACAGCUUGACUAGCAUUACCAGCUUCAGCUACACAGCUCUGAACCCUUAUGGACUUAUGAAUGACACCGCUCUGUUAUGGGGCAUCAGGUACUACAAUGAUUAUCUCGUGACUGCUGGACCUGAUGGAUAUGUUCAGUCUGAGCUUCUAUUCCGGAAGGACCCGUCAACAUUCACCUUGCGGGCAGGAUGGGCCUUUCCAAGGAGAGUGUACUUCAAUGGCGACAAGUGUGUGAUGCCACCUCCAGAUGCGUACCCGUGGCUGCCAAACGCAUCCACAAAACCGACCGUAUCAGUUAUCGUCCCAUUGGUUCUUUGGAUAUUGCUAGCUAAUCCCUACUCCUGAGAAGAAUGAAGAGGAAAAAGCUCCAAAAAAUCCGUUGCUACGGAGCCAAGUUGCUGCUGGUAGUGGCGUCUGAUUCAACAAGAAUAGAGGCUGGGCACCGUUGACAAAGACUGGAGUGAACAAAAGGAAGCAAUAAGUUGAAGUGGUGAAAACAAAGGUGAUGUGAACUCUGAGGAUGUUGUCGCGUGCUCUGGUUUUGUUUCUUAGGUGCUAUCCUUGUUCCUGGUAUGCUUUGUUAGAGAUGGACGCUGCUUCAGUUUCUUUUACUGUAGUUUUGUGUACUUCCCAAGUUCCCAGAGUAGAGGACUUGUCAGUAGGCUCUUGGUAGAAAAAAGACCUAUGUUACUUUCUCUGUGUUAUCAGCUUCUUAAUUGAAG